GGACAUGGAGUUCCAGAAGGGCACCAACAAGCUCAGGGACAUGGAGUUCCAGAAGGGCACCAACAAGCUCAUGGACACGGAGUUCCAGAAGGGCAUCAGCAAGCUCAUGGACACGGAGUUCCAGAAGGGCAUCAGCAGGCUCAUGGACACGGAGUUCCAGAAGGGCAUCAGCAGGCUCAUGGACAUGGAGUUCCAGAAGGGCAUCAGCAGGCUCAUGGACAUGGAGUUCCAGAAGCGCAUUAUCAAGCUCAUGGACACGGAGUUCCAGAAGGGCAUCAGCAAGCUCUUGGACAUGGAGUUCCAGGAGGGCAACAAACUCUUGGACAUGGAGUUCCAGGAGGGCAACAAACUCUUGGACAUGGAGUUCCAGGAGGGCAACCAGCUCUUGGACACGGAGUUCCAGGAGGGCAACAAGCUCUUGGACACGGAGUUCCAGGAGGGCAUCAGCUUGGACAUGGAGUUCCAGGAGGGCAUCAGCUUGGACACGGAGUUCCAGGAGGGCAUCAGCAUGGACAUGGAGUUCUACAUGGACACUGGUGGCAUCAAGAACAGAUCUCGUAGUGCUAGUGCAGAUCGUCGCGUUCAUGGCGUUGGAGUUGGGCUUUUCUCUGGCAACCGAGAGCGUGGAGGGAUGUUCGAUGUGGCCCCUGGGGAUGUAGCUUAUAGACAACCAGAAGUCCAGCGAGGAGCUACGUUCGGGGAGUACGACUACGAGAUGGGAGGAAUCCAUCCUCCAGGUUUGGGUGCUUCAGAGAGAAUGUUUGGUGACAAGUCAGCAGCGACGGAGGCCGAGCAGGCCAAUUCAGCGGCUGGCCCGGGCCAAGCAGCGCAACCAGCAACUGUGCCAUUGCCGGCUACAGGAGCUACUUCCGCCCCGCCGUCUCCAAUGGACGUGCUCAUAACAGGGAUGACACAGCUUCAGCAGCUUCUACUACGUCAAAAACCUGAAGGGAUGGAUCUUGAACCUAAGGCGGUGCAGGAACUGGCGAAACUUCCUGACUAUGCCCCAGAGACCGGUGCCCUAGACUUUCAGGACUUCUUGUACCUGGCAGAGCAGCAGAUUGGAAGUCUGGCUUCGGGGGCACGAGAGUGGUGGUCUCGAACCUUGGCGGUGGCACAGGAGUCCUACGCCGAGUACCAGUCGAUGUCACCCAUGCGAAGGUUGACUGUUAAGCCGACGUUGACCAGUGAGCUCAGGGAUGAGCGCUACAGGAAGCUGGAGAGGAAGGUCGCGGCGCUUCUUUUAGCUGCGCUCCCGAAGCUGGUGCGCGAGGAGAUGAUCGCUUACAGGGUCCAAGGGACUCAUCAAAUCCUCUUCAGGUUGAUGAUCGUGUACCAGCCAGGGGGGGCUCAGGAUCGUGCCCAACUUCUUCGACAACUGGAUGUUUCAGAGUCGGCUGCAGGGCCGGUUGAGGCCAUUGCCGCCCUUCAGCGAUGGUACCGUCUUCUACAACGAGCAGCGGACAUCGGUGUGAAGCUACCGGAUGAGCCCAUCCAGACUAGGUCGCUCACGAUGAUCGUCAAGAAAACGGCGGAGUCCUUCCCGGACUUCAAGUUUCGAAUGGCUCUGGCACGGACGGAGCUGCAGAUAGACACGAGGCCGACGCAGGAAAACGUGAUGCGAUACUUACAACACUUGCUAGCAGAACUGGAGCACCUGGGCGGCAACAAGAAGCCAACAACCUCUACCCCUGGGCCCAACGGAGCAUUGGACGCUUGGUGGCUGUUUCAGGUUGGUGGGACCCCAGGGGCGGCACUAA